AAAAAUAAGCGAGGAAGAAGAACCUAUGGCAACUUCAUAGCACAUAAGACUUCAACUAAACAAGCGGAGCACCCUCUCCGGUUACCCAAUUUUCUUUCUUCCUCAAUCAGUUCCUCUGGAUCAACCAUUUGAUAUUUUCACCUUUAAUCAAAGUAUUGAUAAUGAAGUGACCAAUGGACCACUGCCGUGUCUGCUCAAUGAGAGGGUCGCUUCUAGAGGUAGAUCAUGAAUGAUAAACUGGUCUUCCUGGGCCUGCUGUACUUUAUCCAGGGCAUCCCCUAUGGUCUCCAGUCUUCUCUACUUCCUGUCUACCUGCGUGGAGCUGGCCAUUCUCUCACCCGCAUCGGCUUCACCAAGAUCCUCUACUUUCCUUGGGUCCUCAAGGUGCUUUGGGCCCCUUUGGUAGACCGGCUGAGUACCAAACGUCACUGGCUGGUGGGGACAGUUUCUGGCCUGGCUCUGACAUGUCUCAUCAGUGCUGCCCUGGCCCCAGAGGCACAUAUCUGGGGAGUAGCGGGAACCCUGUUGGCCAUGAACACCUUGGCCUCUGUACAGGAUAUUGCUGUAGAUGGGGCUGCAGUGGGGCUGUUGAAAAGUCGUCGGGAGCUGGGACUUGGAAAUACAGCCCAAGUUGUGGGUUAUAAAGCUGGGUCGGUGUUUGCUGGAGGUGGGCUGCUGCCUGUAAUUGAUGUAGCUGGAUGGAGCUGGAUGUUUACGCUGCUGACGUUUGUAUAUGCAGGCGUGGCUUUGUUUGUGUGGGGGGCCCCUGUGCUGGACGAUGAGACUGUGAGAGGCCAGCAGGCAGAUGGCAGCAGGAAGGGAGGGCAGGGAGCAGAUGCUGUGAGGCCGUGGAGGGUGUGGAGGAAGCUGCUGGCAGUCCCCGGCACACCUUGGACAGUACUCUAUGUGCUAACAUACAAACUAGGUGAGCAGGGCGCAGUGACCAUGUUUCCCCUCUUCCUGUUGGAUCAUCACAUGACCGCCAGGGAGCUCGGUUUCUGGAAUGGCGUUAUUGCUAUGGGUUUCUCCAUCUGCGGCUCGUCCCUGGGAGGCCUGCUGCUCGCUCAGUUCAGCAUCGGGGCUCUGAUGCGGCGUGUGUUUGUGCUGCGAACCAUUAGCAUGGUCUUCCAGAGCUCUCUACUCACUGUACUGGAGCCAUCACCACUCAUGAAAGGUAUGGCUGUCCUGAGCAUGAGUGUUCAACACUUCCUGGGGGGUCUCAUCACCACACUCACCUUCACUACCAUGAUGCAUUGCACACAGAGGGCUGAGGAAAGCAUUCAGGCAACCCACUACAGUUUCCUGGCGACUCUGGAGGUUCUGGGGAAGCUGACGUUCAGCGCUCUGGCCGGAGGCUUGGUGGAUUGGUUUGGUUUCCAAGUUGCUUUCCUCAUCUUCCUAACCCUCUCAGCCGGGACAGCCCUGCAUGUGUGGACGGCUACCUUCACUGGUGUUCUGAGGGAACACCAGCUCAAAGAGCAGCCAGAAUGAUAUCAAGAUGAGGGCGAAAGGUCAUGAUACAGGGAGGCUGCAGGUGC